AUGGAUCAAGAAUAUCUGCCGUCCAAUCAUCCUGAGUUAGCUACUAUAUAUAAUAAUAUUAGUCAGGUGUAUAAUUUGAUGGCAGAUUACUCAGCUGCACUCUCUUAUCUACAAAAAACUCUAGAAAUCCACGAGAAAAGUCUCUCGGCUAAUCAUCCUGAUCUGGCAACUACAUAUGAAAACAUCGGUCGAGUGUAUUACGCUAUGGGAGAAUAUUCAACUGCACUCUCACAUCAUCAAAAGGCCCUUGAAAUCCAACAAAAAUCUCUUCCGUCCGACCAUCCCUUACUAGCAAUUACGCAUAACAGCAUUGGUCAAGUGUACUAUACUAUGGGAGAAUAUUCAACUGCACUCUCACAUCAUCAAAAGGCACUCGAAAUACAACAGACGUCUCUCCCAUCAAGUCAUCCUGAUUUAGCUGCUACUCAUAGCAAUAUCGGUCGAGUAUAUGAUUCGAUGGGAAACUAUUCCACUGCACUGUCCCAUUUGCAAACGACUCUUCAGAUCCAAGAAAAAAGUCCCCCGUGCAAUCACCCUGAUCUGGCAACUACAUAUGAAAACAUCGGUCGAGUGCAUUAUGCUAUGGGAGAAUAUUCAACUGCACUCUUACAUCAUCAAAAGACACUUGAAAUCCGAUACAAAUCUCUUCCGUCCAACCAUCCAUUAUUGGCAAUUACACAUAACAACAUUGGUCAAGUGCAUCAUGCUAUGGGAGAAUAUUCAACCGCACACUCACAUCAUCAAAAGGCACUCGGAAUACAACAGAAAUCGCUCCCAUCAAGUCAUCCUGAUCUGGCUAUAACUUACAAUAAUAUUGGUGAAAUUUGGGUUGCGAUGGCUGACUACUUAAAAGCAGUGUCAUGUUAUAAAAAGACGCUUAAAAUUCAGCAAGUAGCUCUUCCAUCAGAUCAUCCAUCAUUAGCGAUCACUUACAACAACAUUGGUCGUGUACAUGAGCUGAGAGAACAUUACUCAGAUGCACUGUUUAACUAUGAGAAGGCACUCAAAAUUCAGCUAAAAGCUCUUCCGUCUAACCAUCCAUCGCUUGCUACCACUUAUAACAGUAUUGGCAAGAUGAAUGGAUUGACGGGAAAUUACUCAUCUGCUCUUUUGUAUCACGAAAACACACUUGAAAUACGCACAAAAUCUCUUCCAGCAAACCAUCCGUCGCUCGCUGAAAGCCAUCACAAUAUUGCAAUGAUUAUGAAAGGUCUUCGCCGAUAUGACGAAGCUGUCAAACAUGCAUUAUGUGCUCUCAAUAUUGCAUGUCAUAGUUUCGAACCAAACAAAUCACUUUACUCAGUUUCCUGCAAUUUAAUGCUGGAGAACUAUCGAGAUACCUAA